UCAAAGGGCAAUCCGCGAAACACGACUAAUAGUAAGGGAAAGAAACGCAAACCGGGAUCCAAACCCUUAAGUCAGGCGCUCAACUACUCAAAGGGCAAUCCGCGAAACACGACUAAUAGUAAGGGAAAGAAACGCAAACCGGGAUCCAAACCCUUAAGUCAGGCGCUCAACUGUAAUGACAACGAUUUUGUCGACUUUCUCAGCCGAUGCCUCGAGUGGAAUCCGAUGCAUCGACUGACCCCGGACGAGGCCUGUAAGCACGUAUGGCUGGCCGGACAUUACAAUCAUAUCAAUACACUGAAUAACAAUCACAACAACAUUAGUAAUAAUUUAAAUAAUAAAUUGGAGUCCAAUAACCGGAGGACCAGUAAUACUGCCANAACAAUCACAACAACAUUAGUAAUAAUUUAA